AUGGCUUUCAUAUCAAUAUCGUCUUGUCUUUUGAUUUUCUUCUUCCUUAUUGCUGCUGCAUUGCCGGAUCUUUCCUCUGCAUACCUGAAACUACCACUGCUCCGCAAAAGCCACUAUCCUCCGGCACCAUCUGAAGCCCUCUCCGCGGACUCCCGACGUGUCUCCUCCCUUCACCAACGCCGUCGACAUUUCCAUACCAAGUUCCCCAUCACCUCCGCCGCAUCCACCGGCUCCGGUCAGUACUUGGUGUCCCUUCAUCUGGGCACUCCUCCGCAGCGCCUUCUCCUCGUUGCUGAUACUGGAAGUGACCUCACCUGGGUCACCUGCUCCGCAUGUCGCCAGCAUUGUUCUUCACGCGCCACCUUCUUCCCUCGCCACUCAACUUCAUUUUCGCCUUACCAUUGCUUUGACCCAUCCUGUAAACUCGUCCCCCACCCCAGGGACCACGUGCAAUGCAACCACACUCACCUCCACAGCACGUGCAGCUACGAGUACUCCUACUUCGAUGGGUCUGUUACCAGAGGAUUCUUCUCUCACGAAACGACGACGUUUAACUCCAGCUCCGGUGAACUAGUGCGGUUUCAGCAUUUAUCUUUCGGGUGCGGGUUCAAUAACUCUGGGCCUAGUGUUUCAGGCCCUAGCUUUAAUGGAGUCAUGGGCUUGGGCCGUGGGCCUAUUUCUUUUUUCUCUCAAUUGGGCCGAGAGUUUGGACACAAGUUUUCUUACUGUUUAAUGGACUACACUAUUUCCCCUCCGCCAACAAGCUAUCUUUUAAUUGGCGGCGCCAAAAGGUCUAAGCUGAGCUAUACUCCGCUACUAAUCAACCCUCUUUCUCCAACAUUUUACUAUAUCGGGAUCGAGACCGUGUUUAUUGAUAAUGUGAAAUUACGUAUAAGCCCUUCGGUGUGGGCCAUUGAUGAAUUGGGCAAUGGUGGGACCGUUGUAGACUCAGGUACGACUUUGACCUUCUUAACGGAGCCGGCUUAUCGCAUCAUACUAGCCACGUUCGAUCGGCUUGUGAAGUUGCCUAGGUCGGUUGACCCGACUCUAGGAUUCGAUUUAUGCUUCAAUGUGUCCAACGAGUUAAGGCCGAGUCUUCCCAGACUGAGUUUCAAACUCGGUGGUGGCUCAUUAUUCGCACCACCACCUCGUAAUUACUUCAUUGACGCGGCGGAUGGUGUUAAAUGUUUGGCAUUGCAGCCCGUUGCACCAUCAUCGGGUUUUUCAGUGAUUGGAAAUUUGAUGCAACAAGGUUACACGUUUGAGUUUGAUAAGGAUAGGAUGCGACUCGGCUAUUCAAGACGUGGUUGUGCAGUGCCAUAA